AGGGGGCGGUUCGGGGGCUGCUGGGGGGCCCCGUCUCACCCCGUCUCCCUGCAGUUGGAGCACGACCAGGUGGAGAACGAGGGGGCGGUUGGGGGGCCCCGUCUCACCCCGUGUCCCUGCAGUCGGAGCAGGACCAGGCGGAGAACGAGGGGGCGGUUGGGGGGUUGUUGGGGGGCCCCGUCUCCCCACAGUCGGAGAGAACGAGGGGGCGGUUGGGGGGUUGCUGGGGGGCCCCGUCUCCCUGCAGUCGGAGCAGGACCAGGCGGAGAACGAGGGGGCAGUUGGGGGGCUGCUGGGGGGCCCCGUCUCACCCCGUCUCCCCGUAGUCGGAGCAGGACCAGGCGGAGAACGAGGGCGAGGACAGUGCUGCGCUCAUGGACCGGCUCUGCAAGUACAUUUACGCCAAGGACCGCACGGACCGGAUCCGCACCUGCGCCAUCUUGUGCCACAUCUACCACCACGCGCUGCACAGCCGCUGGUUCCAGGCCCGCGACCUCAUGCUCAUGUCCCACCUGCAGGACAACAUCCAGCACGCCGACCCCCCAGUGCAGAUCCUCUACAACCGCACCAUGGUGCAGCUGGGGAUCUGCGCCUUCCGGCAGGGGCUGAUCAAGGAUGCACACAACGCGCUGCUGGACAUCCAGUCGUCGGGCCGCGCUAAGGAGCUGCUGGGGCAGGGGCUGCUGAUGCGCAGCCUGCAGGAGCGCAACCAGGAGCAGGAGAAGGUGGAGAAGCGGCGCCAGGUGCCCUUCCACAUGCACAUCAACCUGGAGCUGCUCGAGUGCGUCUACCUGGUGGCCGCCAUGCUGCUGGAGAUCCCCUACAUGGCCGCCCACGAGUUCGACGCCCGGCGCCGCAUGAUCAGCAAGCAGUUCCACCACCAGCUGCGGGUGGGCGAGCGCCAGCCCCUGUUGGGUGAGUGCCCGGCCCCCCGUGCCCCCACAUCCCGCCCUGUCCCCCACAGCCCUGACCCGUGCCCUCAUAGGCCCUGUGGCAUGGCAUCCCCCAUGGGAACCUGA